AUGCAGCUCCUCAGGCACCAACAUGACAUACGCACCCCACUGUUUGAACUCAUCAAAAGUGGCCGGCCCGGUGUCGCAAAACCGCUGGCAGACAACCUUUUUCGAGCUGCUGUCGAAGGCUGCGAUGCCAACGCCGUCGCGACAAUCAUUCAUCACACCAAGUCCAAUCCCAGGAUCGCUAUCGACCCAAAUGAGAUCGUGUGCGAUUUUGAAGGCAGAGACUAUACGCCAAUCGAGCUGGCUGCCAAGCUCCGAGAUACAGAGCUUGUUCGGACGCUUGUAGCUUCCCGCGCAGAUCCCAACAAGACAUAUCGACAGGAACAGAAGAGGUACUGGGAGAAAGGUGCACUCGCACUUGCCCUGGGUCAUUGGGUGAACGGCAGUGAACAUCCCUACCGACCCUCACCGGCGGGCGAGCCAGAACCGGUGGAUAUUGACCUAUUGAGGUUGCUUCUCGAUUGUGGUGCAGAAGUCCGCAUGGACUUGGCCGAGAAUGCGAUGCGCCCAGGCCCCGGCCACACGGCGAUUGCUGAAGAGCUGGUCUCCCGAAUUCCAGCAAGGGACCACCAGGCCUGCUUUGAAAGCCAAUGGCUUCUCAUCAGCAUGAUCCAUUACCUGGAAAACGGAGCGGCAGAUAGGUUCGUACGGCGCAUAUUUGCCGACUGUUUCGAGUCAACGAACUGCGGCAAAUGCAUAUCGGAGAAUCCUAGACUGGUCGAAAAAAUGCUUUGCCAUGCCGCACGACGGUCAAACUUCAAGCUUAGCGAGUUCCUUGUCCAGUAUACCGGACAACUACAGUCAGCCUUGGCGGCAGCUGUUAGAGGUGCUAGUGGCCAGCUGGUUCAGUUUCUCCUGGAUAGGGGCGCACACGUGGAUGACCAGGUGGAGUCAUUGGACGACAUUAAAUACUCCAGGGAUCGGUGGGGGCAUGUGUACAAUGGCAUGUAUGACGAGAAUGGAUACGAUCGCCCAAUGAGUUCGGGUGCCCCUUUCGAAUACGUGGUCACCCCGAUCAGGACUCCUCUUGCGGAAGCCAUCCGAGCCAGAAACGACCACCUAAUCCGAACGUUCGAGAGGCUUGGAGGGCUUACCCGCCUUGCCGAUGAACAUCAUUUUCAAGCUGCCAUUUUUGCCGCAGCUGAAGUCGGCAACACCUCAUAUUUAAAGAAGAUACUUGAGCACGGGUGUAGAUCUUACGAAGGCGCGACUUUGACUCUAGCAUUAGCGGUCGCCAUCCGAAACGACGAAACUGAUGCGGCGCUCAUUCUCUUAGACGCUGGAGCCAGUCCACUCAGUUGCCGACGGAGGUACGGAAAUCCGUUUGUCAAUGCUCUGGAGCGACGCAACAAGCGAGCCGUGGAUUCCAUGCUAGAGUCCGAUGUCUACUAUCGCGGACUUUACAUGAUUAACGAUGAGAAAUUUGCCCUCGAGGUUGCGGGAUCAUGGUGUGGGGUUGAAGUAAUCAAAGACUUGAUACGUCUGGGCGCCCAUAUCGACGAUGGGGUGGAGAUGACGGCGCUGGGAGCAGCCGUCAGAUCUCGGAACAGGACUCUCGUUCACCAGCUCCUAGAUUUAGGAGCCAACCCUAAAGGGCAUGCCGUCGGUCCAGGUGCAGUAACUCCUCUUAGGGCAGCGUUGGAGAUUGGUGAUCAUGACAUGGCCCGCUUUCUGGUGUCCAAGGGCGCGGACCCGGCAGACCUCUCUGCAUUCACCUACGCAAUGGGCCAUGACCCAGCCGGAUACAAGGUCUUGCUGUCCGAGUUCAAGUCACAUCAUCCCCACGGUCUGCCAAAUUUUGGUGGUUCCCUUCUUGCCAAGGCGAUCGAGCUAGACGACCUUUUCCUAGUCGAUUCUUUGCUAGGGGUCGGAGCAGACGUGAACGGCUGGUGCAAAAGACGCGCACUCCUGCCGAUCGACGAUGACGGGCCCAUGAACAACCAGAGGGUAUUGGGUUUCGCAAUCAACCAUCACAAAGGCCGGUGUAAUGAGCUGGUGCGAAAGUUGCUGAAUGGAGGCGCCAAACCAGAUUACAUCGUCAGUGAACGCGAGAUGUCUAGCGAAAAUGGUGUAAUUUCCGUCCUGGAAACACCAUUGGUUCUUGCCAUCAAAAUGAGGAAUGCAACGAUGAUGAGCCUCCUUCUUGAACACGGGGCGGAUAUUAACAUGCCAGCGCGGCGUGGCGUCAAACGCACACCUUUACAAGCGGCGUGCGAGACAGGCAGUUACAAGAUGGUGGAGUUUCUCCUCCAGAGAGGAGCAAACGUCAACAGCGCAGCGGCCGAAAGAGACGGCGGAACAGCUUUGCAAAUGGCAGCCAAGACCGGGAGCCUGAAGAUCGUCAGGUUGCUGCUUGACAACUAUGCUGAUCCACACAUGGCAAAAUCUAAAGUAGGAGGUCGAACAGCAUUCGAGGCGGCGGCCGAAAGUGGGUGCAUCGAUAUCCUUUGUUUACUCUGGAACGCGGUGCUGCCUUUUGGCUUCAGCGAGAAGGAGUGUCAAAGUGCGAAGGACUUUGCCAAGCAGAAAGGACACAGGGGUUGUGUUGACUUCAUAGAUUUCUUGAGCGGUGGAUCUUCUCGAUCUCUCUUGGAUUAG